UAAAAAUGUAAAAAAAAAAAGAAUAAUUAUUAUUUGAUUAAAAUACAUUUACAUCAUCAACUUUGUUUCAGUACACGCUUACAAACCUUGAUGCGAUUUUGCAGAACUAGAAAGAAAGUUAAAAACUAUUAUAAUGUGUAACAAAGCCACUGCAUUUAGACACAAAGUCUUUUAAGACCUAUUUAAAUAAAUAAAUACCUGAACUUAAGAACUGCCUCGCCCAAUGACUGCUAGCCUCGGCUUGACCCACCCUCUAUUUUAGAAAUAGGAAUCGUAAUUGACAUGACCGUGGCCUGUAAUUGGCCAGUCACAGCUUCCAAUUAAUCCUGACCGCGACAAAUCUGGGCAGGUGACGCAGAUCGGACAGUAACGAAUCGUUUUAUUCCUUCUUUUUCACUUUCGGGUGACGCGCAAUGCAUCAAAUUAAAAUUGGACAAUCGCCCGAUAAAUUGCUCAAGUGCUCAAAAUCGGAAAACAGUUUGUGACCCUUUUUGUUUUUAUAUUUUACUUCUUGAAUAUUUUUAAAGGGAGUCUUUAUUUCGUUUUUUUGUUUUGUUUUAAGUUUGACAACACAAACGAAUGAUACACGGUGAGUAGCUUUUUUUUUUUUUUAAACUCUUCCCGUCAACCUUUUAACCUCUGAGCACACAUUCUCUAUGUUUCAACUCGUAAAAAAACACCAUGGGACCGGAGAGACGCAGUGGACCAGCCAUGCGGCCGUUUCCAAAGGAAAGAAAAUGGACAUAUCGUGGAAGAGUUCGCGCUUACAAGAAAUGAUGAACUAAUGUCAUGAGCAGAUAGACAGACCUCCAGUCAUGGCGCUGCAGCGGUGCGCCAAGAUCCUCUGCAGGUUGGCCGCAGCGUGGUUUCCUCUGCUGCUCUCAUCACUGCUGUGGCAAACGAUCCACGCUGUCCCGUCUUGCCCACGGACCUGUAGCUGCCCCGGUGUGAAAGAGGUCCACUGUACGUUCAGACACCUGGCUGUCAUACCACAGACCUUUCCCAAAGACACAGAGAGGCUCAACCUGGGAUACAACAGCCUGACAGAGGUGGAGGGGUCGGAGUUCAGGUCACUACGGCAACUGGAAAUGCUUAUGCUACAUGGAAAUGACGUUCACACAGUCCACCCCGGAGCAUUUUACAGCCUGAGAUCCUUACAGAUUCUGAAGCUGAGUUACAACAAGCUAACGUCAGUGAGCCCCAGUCUGUUUGAAGGACUUGUCGGUUUGAUUCGUCUCCACCUGGACCAUAACCUCAUUAACUUUAUAGAGCCGUACUCCUUUUCUGGAUUGACCUCCCUGAAACUUCUGCAGCUGGAGGGAAAUCUCCUGAAGGAGAUUCACCCCCACACCUUCAUAACAGUAUCACUCCUAGGUAGCUUUUGGACCUCUGGACUCAGGCAUUUACACCUGUCAGACAAUCUGUUGGAGCAGCUCCCAGCCGCAGCUUUGAGGACUGCUCCGAGGCUCGAACUUCUUACUCUGCAUGGAAAUCCGUGGGUCUGUGAUUGUCAACUACGCUGGUUGGUCGAAUGGAGUUCCAAGCAUGAAGGCCUAAUAAAGUGCAAAAAGGAACGUGGUUCCAGUGAAGUAUGCCCUCAGUGCUCUUCUCCACAGUCCCUGAAUGGUUCCCUCUUUCUUGGGAUGACUUCAAACAAGCUUACCUGUGAACGCCCGGUUCUUCUCUCCCCUCUUAAACAGUGGGACAACCCCACGUGGGCUGAGUCUGAGACGGAGCCGGACCUGCCUUACACCCGGGACUUUGAAAAGCCCUUGGGCCACUUGACUUUUGUUCUUUCCGACAAUCACGGAAACCAGGCUCAUGUGCCUUGUAGCGUGCGCCGACCUGAAGAAAGUCCACCCAUGACUUGGACUUCAAACCCAUCAUCUGGUCAAGUGACUGUUAAUGUCUCCCUGGUGACUGUCCUCGAAUGUGAGAUUGAUCGAGAAACAUUGCAGAAUCUUUGGCAAUUGGUGGCAUAUUACUACGAAAGCCCCGCAAUCCUGGAGAGAGGUGAACGUAGAGGAAAUGCAAGCAAAACAACCUAUCAGUACGUCCAGGCUAUCAAUGAGAAUUCACCUUAUUUCACAGAGUUAAAAGGACAUUUAGAAGCUGAACCAUCCUGGCUGCUUCAACCCAGGGUCACGUUAAAGCUCAACAGACAGCAGACAACAACGAAGAAACUGGUGAUGGAUUUUACAACUUUAAUUUCCGAGAAUGUCAAAGCUCAUACGGAGCCGGACGGUGAAACUGUCUGGGCGCUGAUUCAUAGAACAACAGAGGGCCGGGUCCAAACAGCUCUCGAGGGCACAGAGGUCCGUUUGCGGUGCAGUGUCGCACCUUCAGACACCAAUGUGAAGGUGGAGUGGAUGCUUCCAGAUUUGUCAGUUGUAGAAGAUUCAGAUGAAAAGACCGAGAUUACAGCAACGGGAGAACUGGUUAUUUUUAGUUCCACACUGUCUGACUCUGGUCUGUACCACUGUAUGAUCAGAACCCCAGCAGGUGUGGAUUUGAUGCCUCUAAGGCUCACCGUAAAAGAACUCUCACUCGGCCCCAAUGCUCUGAAUGGUCAGAAAAUUGAAGCAGUUAAAGGAAACACGUUAUUUCUUCCAUGUAACGUCACGUCAGUGCAGCCGAGUCAAACUGUGUGGUAUUUACCCAAAAACAAAUAUCUACUGGCCACGCAAAAGACAAGAAAAGCAGAAGUGAUGGAAAAUGGGACGUUGGUUGUAAAAAAGCUGAGCCAAGAAGACUCGGGAGAAUACAGCUGCUUAGCCUCAAAUCUGUACGGAGUCGACAUGUUGUCGCACAGUGUAGAAAUCACAGAGGGGAAACCUUCUGUAAAUUCAAAGGUAAAGGAUGAAGGUACAGACAGACAGCUGUUUCAGAAUAACAUGCAGGAAGGAGAAGGUUCAGGGGGAGAUUACCAGGAAAUCAUCCGGCCUUUUGCUACACAGUUUCCCAAGAAGGAGGAAAAGGGGCAGGACAACCCUAAUUUAUUCCCUAAAAAAACAAGAAUUAUAGACUCCCAGAGACUCCCAAGAAAACCCAAUAAAUCUGUCAAGGAGUUAGAUCCCGAUCUCACCGGAUACAGAGAGCUCUACAACAGACGUGACAAGUGCAUUUGCACCACCUACUACAACAACUUCUACUCCAACAGUUACUACUACUGA